AUGGAAGACGACACCUGGACCUGCACAAUCUGCACCACCCCCCUCCCCCCCCAACGCCAACCCCCAACCUUCCCCUGCGGCCACAUGCACUGCCUGCCCUGUCUCCGCCGCAACUUCACCCUCAGCAGCACCCCGGGCGGCAUCAGCGGGCCCUUCCGCCCCGUCCAAUGCUGCCCGGGCGCACGCCUCCCCCUGCGCGAACUCCGCGCCCACCUGGGCCUGCGCUCCGCCGACGCCGCCGCCUACCGCGCGCGCCUGGCCGAGCAUGAUGCCGCGGAUAAGUUGUAUUGUGCGGAGCCGCGCUGUGGGAGGUUUAUUCCGGCGGUGCUGCGGGAUGGGCGGGUGGGGAGAUGCAGGGGGUGUCAUGGGCGGACGUGCGUGCGCUGUGGGGGCAGGGCGCAUGUGGGGAUGGGGGUGUGCGAUGGGGUGGCUGCGGCUGGGAAGGAUGGGAUGAUGGGGAGGGCGGGGAGGAGGGAGGAGAUGGCGGAGGCGGGGUUUCGGAAGGUGGUGAGGGAGAUGGGUUGGUAUGUGUGCUGA